UUCUUCUUCGUAUGAUCUACUUGGAAUUUGUACAGGAAAUCUCACGAAAGCAACCCUAGCUGCAAAUCUCUGAAUCGCGCGUUUUCUUCUGGUUUUAAACUUGGAAAUUUUUGGCUUUGAUUGCUUCUUUUUGCUGAAAGUGAUUGUGGUAGAGUCUCAUUGUUCUCACUGGUAGAAGAAAUCAGAAGUCAUUUUCUGGUUAUACGGUCACAGUUCUCUUGGCAGCUUCUUUCUGGUCACAGGUGGGUAAGCUUCUUCCAAAAUCCGUCCUUUCCGCCUGACUUCGAAGAUUCUUGCCUACAUCACUCUCAUGGCUACAUAGUUUUCUUCUUCUCGUCAAUGCUUGUUCAUUCCCUGCCUAUGAGGAGAGCUUUAGGGCAUUGAAGAAGGAAUUAGAAAAAAACAAAAAAAAACUUUGCUAAGUAUAGCAUAUAGAGAUGAUUCAGGUUCUUUUUCUCGUUCUCUUUGCUGAGGGGGCAGUGGCGUUUCUUCUGAUGCUGAAAAUUGGACCACUUCGAGAGCUUGUCAUGAAAACAUUGGAUCAAUUGAAGACAGGGAAGGGUCCGGCAACAAUGAAGACAUUAGCCUGUACGUUUGCAGUGAUUUUCCUUUCAAGCAUAGUUAAUAUCCUUAACAUACAGAAGAGGGGUUUAAAGCUUGGUACUGUUACUCCCAUGGACCAAGUUCUUUGGAGGACUCAUGUUCUUGAGGCCUCACUUACAGGUUACAUCCUGUUUCUAGCCUUUGUGAUCGACCGGCUUCACCAUUACCUCUGCAAGUUAACAAAUCUUAAAAAAACAGUUAUUAGUUCCAGAGAUGAAGUUGAAGAGCUUCAGAAGGAACAACUCCACUUCAAAGAGAAGGAAAUCAAGUCAUCAGAUGAGAUCAAAAAGCUAAAAGAUGAGAUUUCUGUACUGAAUGAGAAGCUCCAGAAGCUAAAAUCAGACUCCGACGAUCACGAAAAGCGAACCAUCUCCGCCGAGGCUCAUGUCUCUGCUCUCCAGAAACAGUGUGAAGAGCUUCUCCUUGAAUAUGAUCGCUUGCUGGAGGACAACCAGAUCCUUCAGGCACAGGCACUUGGAUACAGAAGUUGAGGCUUUGAGAUAAAGUAAAUUAAGUUUUCCUUCUGUUUUUUGGGUUAUUUGGGAUGAGAUUCCUAUAACACAGAGUAGAGAAGGCUACAGGUUGGUACCCAGUAUUUUCUUUUUUCUUUACAGAUCGGCUUUCUAUAGUAUUAUUAUCUUCAUGAUUUUAUUUAGAACUUGUGGGGCUUUUGGAUCUUGGAAUAUUAACAUAGUAAUCCGUUUCAUUUGCUGGAUUGUUUGCUUUUAUGGCUAAUAUUUUUGCUAAGCGUUUAUAUAGAAACAGUUAGUUUUCAUUAUCCCAA